AUGUCGCUAAAAAUGCCCCAGGCCAAUGGCCUCCAACUUUUCAAGGAAGGCUACAAGCAUUUGCAAGGCCUCGAGGAUGCCGUCCUGCGCAAUAUCCAGGCCGUCGCUGAGCUCUCUGACCUCGUGCGCACGAGCUUCGGACCAAAUGGCCGGAAUAAGCUACUUGUGAACCACCUCGGCAGACUCUUCGUUACCUCGGACGCGGCGACCAUCAUCCGCGAGAUCGAGGUCGUACACCCUGCCGCGAAGCUCCUCGUCAUGGCCUCGCAGGCGCAGGAGGCAGAGAUGGGCGAUGGGACGAACAUGGUGCUCAUUCUCGCCGGCGAGUUCCUCAAAAAGGCGGAGCAUCUCCUCGUGAUGGGCCUCCACCCGAGCGAGAUCAUCAAAGGCUACGAGCUCGCCUCGGUAAAAGCCCUCGCCGAACUUGAGAAUCUAUCAACGUCCUCAUUACCCUCCCCGCUCACACAAGCGAGCCUGGCGGCCGCGCUGAAGCCCGCGAUUGGGUCGAAGCAGUACGGCUCUGAGGACAUCCUCGCGGCGCUCGUCGCGGAGGCCGCGCUUGCGGUGAUGCCGCCAAACCCGAAGAACUUCAACGUCGACAACGUGCGCGUCGUCAAGAUCAUGGGCGGCAGCCUCCAGGGGAGUAGGGUAGUACGCGGCAUGGUGUUCGGCCGCGAGCCGGAAGGGAUGAUCAAGAAGGUACAGAAGGCCAAGGUUGCGGUGUUUACGUGCGGAUUGGACGUCGCGCAGACGGAGACGAAGGGCACGGUGCUCAUCCAUAAUGCAGACGAGAUGCUCAAUUUCACGCGGGGAGAAGAGCAGCAUCUCGAAAAGAUCUUCCAAGAAAUCGCCGACUCAGGCGUGAGGGUGAUCAUCGCUGGCUCGACCGUCGGCGAGCUCACGAUGCACUACCUCAACCGGCUCAACAUCGCCGUGCUCAAGGUGCUCUCCAAGUUCGACCUCCGGCGACUUUGCCGUGUCGUGAACGCUACACCGCUUGCGCGCAUGGGCGCGCCGACCGCCGAAGAAGCGGGCUACGUCGACGUCUUCGAGACGACUGAGAUCGGCGGCGACCGCGUAACGGUCCUGCGGCAGCUCGGCUCAGGCGGAGACGGACGGCACCAUGCUCGCGACAGAGCACGGCAUCAACGACUCACUGGCGGCUAA